AUGGAUAACGAAAGUAGUGAGAGCACCCCGUCUGGCCCGAGCAAGCCAUCCACCGGCAGCACGCCCCAAGGACGCUCCGACUCGGCAUCUGCUGCUACACCCCAACCGCCGCCCUCCUCAUCUUCGUCGCGACCAGUUGUUGCUGGCCCUUCAUCUACUGCCCAUAGCUCGCAAAACUCCAAACGACGUCGUGGUCUCGGUAUUGUCACCCCAAAUGCGUGCACGGAAUGUCGCAAGAAGCGUGCUAAGUGCGACGGCAGCAAGCCAUGUGGUCGCUGUAGGGCCCAAAAAGUCGACUGUGUCUACGAAAUUCCCGUUCGCCAAUCCAAAGAAAAUCUACGAAGCGAAAUUGAGCAGCUGCGACAGCGCCAACGGUCCAGCGAUCAAGUAUUUUCCGCCCUGGUUCGCUCUAAUCUCUGGGAGGAUGUUCUAGGCCGCUUGCGCGAUGGCCAUUCUGUCGACAGCAUCUCCGACUGGCUUGGCAGCAACCUGGCGUCUGAGAUUGACCCCGUCGGUUCGCGAAGCUCUGCUUUCCCCCAGCACCAAGCUGGGGAUACCGGUAUGGCAACUAGUGACGCACCCCGUCGCUCCAUCAUACCGGCGACAGACUACGGCCAAGGAGCCCAAGGACUAGCUUCCAUGAGCCUCAGCCCCUCCCAGUCGCAUGCGCCUUACCACGGUCACCCGAGACAAUCCAGCCCCUGGCAAUUUGCAGCGCAUGAGCAUGCGGCGGCCAAAUCAACGAGAAGCGACUCUCUCGCUGAUGCCCGAAGUAUGGCUUCUGAACUUCAUGGCCCACCCCAGACGCGCGUUGGAUAUUGGGCCGAAACCAUGGAAAGUGAUGCCAGCCACGAAAGUCAACUCCCACGCUUCCGUGGCCUCGAACAGGUGCUCUCACCACUUAGCGACCCUGAAAUGCAGCGUAAUUCCUCGGGUACCUGGACUGGCAUUACAAGCGACGUCAAUUUGGUUCACCAUUUACUCGCCCUGUAUUUUUGUUGGGAGUACCCUACCUUUGCUUCCCUGAGUAAGGAACAUUUCCUCCGCGACUUCCAAGACGGCCGUCAUCGAUAUUGCUCGCCCAUUCUUGUCAACGCGUUGCUUGCGUUGGGCUGCCGCUUUUCAACGCAGCCGAAAACACGAGAAUUUCCAAAUGACCCAUAUACCUCUGGCGACCACUUUUUCAAGGAGGCCCUUCGGCUCCUGAACGCAGAGUCGGACCAGCAUUCACUCACAGUCAUCCAGGCCCUGGGCAUCAUGUCCAUACGAGAGGCCAGCUGCGGUCGAGACUCGGAAAGUUGGUACUACUCUGGCCAGAGUAUCAAGUUAGCCAUUGAAAUGGGUUUACAUCUUUCUCCGGAGCGUGGUGAGCCUGACGAGCUGGCUGUGCAGUCGGCCACAUUUUGGGGUGCCUUUGCGCUCGAUCACGCUUGGUCGCUGGCUACAGGCUCCCUCCCGCAAAGCUCCUGUUUUGCCCGGCUGCCAAUGAAGCCAGGCAUUAUUGCCGAUAUCGAAUCCUCCUUAUGGGUUCCCUACACAGACGAUGGCGCGCCUCUGCAACGUUCCUGCGAACAACCGUCCAACGUCAGGUCCGUGUAUAAAUGCUUCUGUGAAUUGAGCGAGCUCGUCCACCAAUCACUUUACAUGCUGCACUCUCCUGGGAAGCCGCUGACGGCUCGGGAGCUACUCGACGUUUACACUCAGUACCUCAACUGGUACGACAGGAUACCCGGGUCGCUGCGUCUGGGCCACAACUUUACCCCAGCAGUUCUUUUUGCACACAUGUACUAUCAUUUUGCCAUUCUACUCCUCUUCAGGCCCUUGAUCAAGCUGCACAUUGUUGGCUCCAAAGUCUCACCGCGUGACGUCUGCUCCCAAGCCGCCGACGCCAUUCAAAAUCUACUCAAGUCGUAUUCACAGCUAUACACACUACGGCGGACACCGUCCUUUGUCCCGUACUUUGUGCUCACAUCAACGAUAAUGCACCUCGCAAUUGGUGCUACCAGGCUCUCUUCCGGCUUGAGCGGCGCCUCGACCACGGACACCGAUACCAUGGGCGAGAGCGCCAAGAUAAACCCCCGCGUAUCCGACUCGCUGGCCCAAGGUAUCGCGGACCUAGCUGAGAUGGCGCCAUGCCAUCAAUUUGCUGAGCAAGCCCUUAACAUACUGCGGUUUCUCGCCAAGAAAUGGAAUAUUGAGGUAGAAUUCGGCGGCAGCAACAACCCCGUCCCCGAUGACUACGAGAAGCUUCUCAAACCCUACACGAGCAGCCUGAACUUUUUCGCGCCCAAUUUCACGGCUGAAGAUUUCAUCUGCCGUUGGGGAACGGCUAGUAUUGUCGCCGACCCUAACCAACCAUCCCCUAGCCCGGGGACGGGGCUACAGGCUGCUGUGGACGAUAUUGAAAACCCAUUGUUUUGGCCUUUCCCCAUGCAAGGGCGGCCGAUGCUACCCUCUGGGAAGGAGCUCUUACAAGCUGGCUUUACUAUGAUUUAA